AUGGAAAAGCAAAUUAUACCAGUUUAAUUAGUUGAAAAGGUUCAUUAAGUUAUGAACUACUUAAAUUGUUUUGCAUCUGACCUUUAAAUGAAUGACUACGUUACUGCAGAAGAAUUUUAUUUAGCACUGGAAAACAUGAAUAAACAUGAAAAAUUCGAUUAGUUAAUAAACUACAUAGCUGGUACUUUUGUAAUGUCGAUGUUUCGAGAAAUAAAAAGCAAAAACAAGCAUUAAGAUUAUUUAAGCUACGAAUAUGAUUUCAGAAUUUUAAAAUCGAUGAGAUAAUGCUUUAAAAGGAUAGAUGAUAAUGUUAAGACGUUUAUGGAGAUGUGGAGAUAAUUUUUAGUGUUCUUUUUACUAGUAAAACCCUUCCGUAAGACCUUCUUAAUACCAAACUAUAGCUCUACCUCUUCAAUUAGAAGGGCUAUAGAUGAAGAAGAAGAUAAUGAAGAUGAUGAUGAAGAUAAUUAGUUAUAAGAAAAUAAUGAUUAAUUUAAUAUUGACGACGACGAUGAUGAUAAUAGCAGAGAUUCCUCAAAAUAAAAUAUUAGAAAUGAAGAUGGAGAAUAAUUGGAAAAUUAAAGUAAUUAAAGUAGUGGUGAAAAAUAAAAAUUGAAUUUUAAAAAGAAAGACAUUUCUAAGGAAGAUCAACUCUAUGAACACUAUUAUUGCAGAUCUAUUUCUGAUACUGAUACUUUGUUUGCUGAUUUUUCUACUACUGAAAAGUUAGAAGCUUUUUUAAUCCUUGUUAAAAUAGCAUAUAAAUUUUCAUUUUGUUUGACAUAUUACUCAAACAGAUAUAAGAAUUUAGUCAAAGAUGAAGUCAUUAAAAACUUGAAGAGCUAAAUUACUGAAAAAGAAGAUCAAAGAGAUUAAGCUAAAUAGUAAUUAUAAGAAUUAGAAAAUUUAUUAGCUGAUUAUACUAAAGAUAUAGAUGGAGAUAUUAAUUAACUACCAAAUGAUAAGCUAUAACAAUAUAAAAAGGAGAAGAUCAAGUUAAACCCUCUCAAAUAAAAAUUAGAAAAGUUAGAGAAGAAUGUUAGUAAAUUAAAUGCUGAUAUGAUACUGAAAAGAAGAAUGCAGUUUUUUUAAUUUUAAAAUUGGGUUUAAUUAGGAAGAGAUAGAAAUAAGAAUUUAUUUUUUGCUUGUGUUUAUGAAACAAGUUAUGUAUUUAAGAAAAUAUUCAAAUUAAAUGAUUAAGAUGGUUAAGCAGAAUGCUUUAUGCACUAAUAUGAUAACCUAGCUACUUUAAGAUCGGAAUUUAAUCUUAAUAAUAUUGCAGAUGAUUAAUUAUGGGAUAAGAUAAACCAAUUAAAUAGAGAUGGAAUUUUGACUAUUCCUGAUUAAAAAUAGCCUAUAGAAAUAGAGCAAGAUCAAUUGUAGGAUAGUGAUAGCAGUAACAUGUCUAAAAAAGAUCAAAUUUCUAACUAUUACAAAGCUAAAUCAAAACUUAUUAAGCAAAAUAUUACUACUAGAGACUUCUCUUUCAUUUAAAGGCCUGCUAAAAAAUCAUCUAACUUUAAUAGCACAAAAAAGAGCAUAAAUACUAAUGUUGAUCUUACAGUUGACGAUUUACAAGAUUUUAGCUACAGCAGAAGAGUUACAAGAAGCUAAUUAAGCGGAAAUAAAAGAAAAAAAAUUAUUAUUGAUGACGAUGAUGAUGAAGAAGAAAAUGAAGAUAAUUAAUAGCAAAAUAAAAAGAGUUUAAGUAAUAGAAAGAAAGUUUCUUAUAAAAAUGAAAGUAGUAAUAGCGAGAGCUCCUAAUCAGAAGAAGAAGAAUUUUGA